GGUUUGGCCUUGGGUCCAGCUUGACAGGUGUCUCUAAGCGGUGGUCGGGGGUUUGUCAGUUUUGACAGAGUCAGAAUGAAAGACUGGUCUUCUCGGGCUUUACCAGCAUGGAGAUAUUUAGAAGAGGCAUCAGUCUGAUACUUCACUCCAACACCAGAAACAUGUGGAAACCUUUGACACUGUUGCUGACAGUAGGACUGAUGCUGUGUCCAGAGCUCGCCCUGUCAGAGGAUGUGGAACCAAUGGAUGUUGUUGAAAACGAGGUUUCUGAGCAGCAGGAGAACUUCAGUGACAUAUCAGCGGUGCUGGGAACAACAAGACACCAGAUUCUGGCUGCUCAGUUUGAGUGUUACCUGAAGAUUAUCUCUGAUCCACCACGUACUGAAGAAGGCACAUACUGCAAUCGCACAUGGGACGGUUGGCUGUGUUGGGGGGACUCUGGUCCAGGAAUGUCCAUGCAGAUGUGUCCUGCCUACUUUCAUGACUUUGACCCUGCUGAGAAGGUGACCAAAGUGUGUAAUCCUGACGGCCAGUGGUUCCAUCAUCCAGAGAGCAACAGGGUCUGGACCAACUACACUCAAUGUCAGGCCUACACCAAAGACAAACGCAAGUUCGCCAUCAGUCUCUACUACUUAGCUGUGGUUGGACACUGUUUGUCCAUUCUCUCUCUGAUCAUCUGUCUCGUCAUCUUCUCUUACUUCAAGAGUCUGAGCUGUCAGAGAAUUUCCCUCCACAAAAAUAUGUUCCUGUCCUUCAUCCUGAACUCCAUUAUUACUAUAAUGUGGCUCUCACUCACCAUGGCCAGCAACCAAACCAUUAACUCCAGCAACCCUGUGGGCUGCAAAGUCCUGGCUGUAUUAAGUCAAUAUGCGUCUACAUCUAACUACUUCUGGAUGCUGUGUGAAGGCAUCUACCUGCACACACUCAUCAUCGUGGCCGUGUUUGUUGGGGAGCAGCAGCUCUUCUGGUACUACGUCCUGGGUUGGGGUUUUCCCAUUGUUCCUGCAGCGACGUAUGCUGUGGCUCGUGGUUUAUUCUAUAACGACACGUGUUGGAUCAGUGCCCACACUCAGUUGCUUUACAUCAUCCAUGGACCCAUUCAAGCUGCACUGGUUGUGAACUCUUUAUUUCUCCUGAACAUCGUCCGAGUUCUCAUCACCAAACUGAAGGAGACCCACUGUGCCGAGUCAACGACCUACAUGAAGGCGGUCAGGGCUACCCUGAUCCUCAUCCCCCUUCUGGGUGUGCAGUUCAUCCUCCUGCCUACGCAACCAGAGGGCCGCAUCAGCCGGGCUAUCUACGAUUUCUUUGUGAAUAUCGUCGUCCACUUCCAGGGGCUUCUGGUGGCAAUCAUUUUCUGCUUUUGCAACGCUGAGGCCCAGGGAGCUCUGCAGAGGAAAUGGACACAACGAAAAGUUUCCAGGGGCAAAACUAGUUGGGGAGAGACCCCUAUGACCAACAACCACUUUAACUCCCACAACAACUCUUCCAUCACAGAAACCAGCAGAGCCACCAUUAACCUGGAGCCGCAGGUGGCAGCUGCCAUCGACAGGAAGGAGAACAGCUUCCCUCUGUCGCUGCAUCAAGAAACCAAUGGACAGAAAAAGAACAGCAGCUCCUGCAGCAACGGGGGGGUGGAGAAGCUAAACAAGGUGGAGAGCACUGACGCAUGACUGCAACGAGCACAGCAGUCCACACGAAAGGAUACUGACAGAGCACUGUAUUUAUGUACAUAAACAACACCUACGGAGCACAUACAGGUAUGAUCACUCAAUCUUAUAAAUAAUAUCUUUUUUUUUUUGAAUUUUAAACAAUUGAUGUAUUUUAUGGUAUAUUUGUUUUAUUUUAAAUUUAUAUAUAUAUAAUAACAUGCAGUUUUAUGUUUAUAAACUCCUGCCUUAUGACACCUUGAAAGUUUUACACUUAGUCCCUAUAUUACAAAUGGAUGUAACCAGCCAUCCCAGAGGUGGACCAGAGCAGUUUCCCUUUGAUUUCACCAGGUAUUUCAUAUACAGGACUGUUGGUCUGGCAGGUUCACUAUUAUCAGAAUUGUUUGUUUUUUUCCUCCACCACUCCACCACCACUCCCUUCACUUGUUGCUACCGUGGAUCAUCUUCCUUCGUCUUUUGCAUGGCUACCAACACUUUAAUAGUCUUUAACAGUACUUACAUACUUAGUACUCAGUAUGUACAUAGUACGUACUUUAAGAAUAUACUGUAUGAGGUCAUCAUUCUUCGAAUGAAAACUACUUGCUUAAAAGGGAAUCAGAAAUGUAUGGGUAUUUGGAGCAGCUCAUUAAUGCAAAGUUUCAAAUACUCCUGGUUUUAAUAAUAAGUGUUGAUAUUUAAACUGUUUCACCACUCUGUUUGAUAAUAACAGUACCAUUAUUGGAUCUCAUAUACAAACCAAGGGGCAUACAACAUGUAAUAUCCCUGAAUGAGUUCUGUGAUCACACCAGCCUCUGCAAUAGGGACACAAAUAUAUGCAUGUCUGUCUGCUUUACAACAAAUGGAUUUGAUUGUGUGUGUAAAUGGUUAAUAUGAACUGAUCUGAUGCUUUAUGUAAUAAUAAUACUAUAGAGUAAAAGUUAUUUCAUGCAUUUAAAAAAUCCAUCAUGUACAGUAUGUGGUUUUUGUCAACACAAAGAUUUUGCCAAAUUUACUUUUAUUCUUAAUUCUUCUGGACAGGUGAUUGUGUUUUAUUUUUCUUAUCUUUUACUUAUUGCUUUGUAAAAAUCUGUGUUAUUGCUGUUUUUCACUGGAAUUGAAAUGUAUAAAAAUAUUUGUGUUAUUCUUAAUAAAAUAUAAAUGCAAAAAAUGA